AGGGCGCAUGGCCCCCACUCGUGUUUUCUCUCCCCACAGCUUGACCCACGGCGGUUUCGGAAGCGGCUCCCCCAUGGCUGCAGCCCGCGGCGAGGGGCUGCCGGGCCCCCCCGCUCCUGCCGGCCCUCUCGCUGCCCUGGCCCUGCUCGGCCUCCUGGUCUACGUGGGCGCCCUGUGCGCUGCCUGCCGCCGCCAGGGCAGGAGGAAGAAGGUCCCUCCGGAUGGGGUGAAGCUGGUGGACGAGUCCCUGCUCAGACAGACACAGCUGCGCUCGCUCAGCAAGUCGGACACGAAGCUGCACGAGCUGUACCGGGUGAAGGCCAGGGAUGACAACCAGCGACCCGCCAGCCUCGAUUUCCCCCCUGCCUCGGCCCCCCCGGGCCCCGACUCCCUGCACAGCUCCGGCAUCAGCGUCCUCCUGCACCGUGAGCUGCCCCAGAUCCCUGUCCCCGAGCCCCCGGCCCCCGACCAGACCUACUCCAACCUUCUCUUCGCCCCGCCGCGACGCCCGGCGCAGGACACGGUCUACGAGUGCUUGGCGGUGGGGGGUGAGGAAGCCCCCGCGCCCCCCGCUCCCACCACGGGGACCCGGGCGUCCCCACCGCAGGCCAGGCGCGGGGCUGGUGACUACGCCUGCGUCCGCAAGGUGAAGAAGACGGCGCCCAGCGAGGAGCAGGAUGGGGCCGUGGGGGGGCCUCCCGCAGCCCCCCGGUGCUGGGAGGGCGCGGGCAAUGCCCCCCCCCCAGCUGAAGAAGACAUGUACUCCACGGUGUGCAAAGCCACCAAGAAGAAGAGCCAGGGCCCCGCUACGUCCCCGAGGGCUGUGGGGCAAGGGGGGACCGGGCAGUUGCCCCCAGCCCAGGAGGAGCCCCCCCCGGCUGGCUGCUGGUCCGCAGCCCCCCCUGAGCCCUGCUACGAGUCCAUCAACGAGAGGGCCUGGACUGCCCGCGCCCGCGGCCCCGACCCGGACUACGAGGCCGUGGACGUGACCUGGAAGAAGGCGGCGAAGCGGGACAAGGGGGGAAAGCCCGGACCCCACGAGAACCUCUACGAAAGCGUUGGCGAGAUUUGGGCAGGGGAAUCCCGGCGAGCCUCCGGCAGGCCGGCUGCCAACGGGCUGGAGGUGUACAUCACCAACCUAUAGUGCGGACAGACGGACGGAUGGAUGGACGGACGGGUGCCAUCGCGGCACAGGUCCCCCAGGCUGGGGCCGGCGGUGGCU